GUGGCACCACAAGACCCAGCUCUAUUUGGACAGAAAUGUUUAUAUCUAUCUUAAAUAUAGAUUAAUCGCUGACUAGAUUAUCUUAAAGUUUCUGCGCGCCGGUUUAAUCAUGAAUGAAGAAAAUGAGAGCAUGUGUUUGAACAGGUCGCUGGUGGAGGUGGACUGCUUCAGCAACCUGGAGGACAUCGAUGUGACAGCUGACGGGAGCCCGAUACUGAGGGUCCUCAUCUGCCUAGUGUACUCUGUCGUGUGCGCUGCGGGUCUGGUGGGCAACCUGCUGGUCCUGUUCUUCAUCAGGGUCAAACAAGAGAGGAAGAAGUCCACGGUGAACUUCUUCGUGCUCAACUUGGCGGUGACGGACCUGCAGUUCGUGCUCAUGCUGCCCUUCUGGGCUGUGGACACCGUGCUGGACUUCAGCUGGCCGUUUGGAGACGCCAUGUGCAAGAUCAUCCUCUCGGUCAUCGUGAUGAACAUGUACGCCAGCGUGUUUUUCCUCACCGCCAUGAGCGUGACCCGCUACUGGUCAGUCGCCUCCGCUCUGAAGAACAGAAGCGCGCAGAAGUCUUGUUCCGCCAAAUGGACCUGCGCAAUCAUUUGGACCAUGGCGACUCUGGCGACAGCGCCGACGACUAUUUUCUCAACUGUCAGCAACGUAACCGGAGAGAAACUCUGUUUGCUGAGGUUUCCUGGUGGACAGACCUGGUUGGCAGUUUAUCACAUACAGAAAAUACUUGUAGGUUUUGUUUUGCCCAUGUCCAUCGUGUCCAGCAGCUACAUCAUGCUGCUGCGCUUCAUCCGCAACCGGAGCAUGAAAACAAGCAACCCCAAACGGAGAUCUCAAGUUACAAAAUCUAUCACCAUCGUCGUGUUGUCCUUCUUCCUGUGCUGGAUGCCGAACCAUGCCAUCACCCUGUGGAGUGUACUGGUCAAACUGAACGCUGCAAACUGGGACAAAGCGUAUUACAUCGUCCACACAUACGUGUUCCCUCUGACCGUCUGUCUGGCUCACACCAACAGCUGCCUGAACCCGAUUAUUUACUGCCUCAUGAGAAAGGAGUUCAGGGACAAACUGAGCAGUCUGAUACACAGAGGAUAAUGUCUGUGAAUUAUGUUUACGAACCGUAACCAAGACGCACAAAAGGCACAGAGUGAGAGAGGAGAGCUUUUAGAACACACAACGAAACACGCACCAUCAUGUCAGGACUUUGCUUCAUUCUGCUUAUUGAAAAAUGUAACUUUUAUCAACGGUUCUUGUCUUUAAAGGCGUGCGUAAUGUGGCUGAUUCUAUUGAGAAACACCUGUAACUGGUUUGGGCUUUACGCAUAGAAAUAGCUAAUUUUGUGUAAAAAAUAUUACACUUAGAUGUCCACUGUGGCGUUGAUAGUUAAAAAGCAUUAGGAAUGAUGUGUCUUUAAUGUGCAGUCUAAGUGUCCGUGUGCGUAAUUGCGCAUGAUAAGUAUCCACGCAUUAGUGUGCUCGCGUUACAGCUGAACAGGCUCCGCGCUUUUCACAUCCAUCUGUGAAUGUCUUUGCAAAUAAUGUAACCCAUGAGCGCAAAGUGUGGUAAUAAGACAAUCGUGGAUGCAAACACCAUUUCUUGGAGCGAAGCAGAGAAAGUCACUGGUCAUGCUU